UCCGCCAAUAAGCGGCUCGUGUUUUGUUAAAAAAUAUAAGAUUGGAGUUGAAAUACUCCGUAAAGAUCCCAUAUACGGUGAUCUUUUCAAACAUGCAUCGAAUCUGUAUGGUCUCAGACUUUUUCUACCCAAACAUGGGUGGAGUGGAAAGUCAUAUUUACCAGUUGUCCCAAUGUCUUGUGGCAAGAGGUCAUGAAGUGGUGAUAGUCACACAUGUGUACGGCGACAGAAAGGGAGUUAGAUAUCUCACCAACGGAAUAAAGGUCUACUACCUCCCACUCCAGCCAUUCUAUAAUCAGUGUAUCUUACCGACACUAUUUGUAGCUUUCCCUCUUAUAAGAAAUAUCAUCCUAAGAGAAAAGAUAACAAUGGUUCAUGGACAUUCAUCAUUCUCUGCCUUGGCACACGAGGCCAUGUUCCAUGCUCGAACCAUGGGUAUCAAAGCUGUGUUUACGGAUCAUUCCCUUUUUGGUUUUGCCGAUGCCAGCAGUAUUUUGACGAACAAAUUCCUCAAAUUUUCCCUUGCUGGGUGCAACCAUGUUAUAUGCGUGUCUCAUACCAGCAAAGAAAAUACAGUCCUGCGGUCGUCCAUCAAACCACAUUUAGUGUCUGUGAUCCCUAAUGCUGUUGAUGCCACAAUGUUUACUCCAGACCCGAGCAAACGGACACCUAAUACGAUAACUGUAGUUAUUGUAAGUCGUCUUGUCUACAGGAAGGGCACAGAUCUUCUGGCCGCAAUAAUACCAGAAAUCUGCAAGAGAUACAGCAAUGUGCAGUUCCUUAUAGGUGGAGAUGGACCAAAACGAGUCGUCUUGGAAGAAGUCCGUGAUUACUACGACUUACAGGACAGGGUGACGUUCCUUGGCACUGUCGACCAUGACAAAGUUCGAGAUGUGCUGGUACAUGGCGAUAUCUUCCUCAAUACAUCACUGACGGAGGCAUUUUGUAUUGCUAUUGUUGAAGCUGCGUGUUGUGGUCUCCAAGUCGUGAGUACGAGAGUUGGUGGGGUACCUGAAGUUCUUCCUCCACAGUUCAUCAGAAUGGCUGAACCAAGUGUCAAAGCACUGGUAGAGGAACUUGACAAAGCUAUCCAAGAUUGUAUCCAAGGGAAUGUGAUACCAGCACAUGACAGCCACAUGAUUGUGAAGAAUCUUUACACAUGGCACGACGUUGCGAGGAGAACGGAGAUUGUUUAUGACAGCAUAGCAGAAGAACCCCAGGAUAGUCUCGAAGACAGGAUAUGCAGGUAUUACCAGUGUGGUGCAGUAGCAGGGAAGUUGUUUGCCUUGGUAGCCGUCAUUGAUGUCAUAUUUCUUUUCUUUCUCAAGUGGAUCUUUCCGGCAGAGGAAAUCGACAUCGCUCCUGACUUUCCUAGCAAGGAAAUGAGCAAUAGGAAUGGUGCUUUUUUGCCAUCGAAUACAAAUCAGACAAGACCAUUCAAUUCACAUUUCAAGAGUUCUUGACGAAAUCUUCCAAAUUCGAAAGUGUAAUCUCGGACACUGCGUGAGGAGAUGCUAUGUGAGAAUGUGCUGUAUGGUGUAUUGUCUGCCUCUUGUGCCACUGUCAAAACAUUUCCCACCAACUUUGUGCCGUAUUGGUGGGGCCAAAUGGGACAAAACACAUGACGCCAUAGAAAUGAGACAACUUGUUAACAUUAUUUAUAAGACCCCCUUUAGGAGGGGCUCUUAAGAUACACGUGUGUGCGGGAGUAUAUAAUGUAAAUGAAGUGAAAUAAAGAGAGUAAAUA